GAAGGUUGCCUUGCCUUGCCAUUCUUAUAAAUAAAUAAAUAAAUCUAAAUGCUUAAAUAAAUCAGAAAAUGGCUGAUCCUUUUCUAUGCCUCGUCAGAAGUCGGUGUUUGAGCUUCUCUGCCUUCUCUCCAGCUCCCUUUCCAUCUCCAAAUCCCUUCCUCCAUGAAAAACUUGGUAGAAUUCACACUCCAAUUGCAGGAUUUCCUAAGCCCAGGCCGACGCUUGUUCCGCAUUCAUCCUCGCAAUUACAUCUGAUUUCCACAAGCGAGUGGUUUGAUGGAAGCGUCGUCUUCUGCUUUGGGGACGAGAGCGAGAAAGCUGUUGCUGUUCCCACUGAAACGGAAAUUGGCAAAGAGGAUUGUGAGUGUCAGGUUGUUACUGAAACUAAUAAUACUAAUAGUCUUCAUGUGCAAAAUUCAGAAUUGAGCGAAGAAUUUUUGGGGAACAAUGUGCAUGAAUCCGAAAAUGAACCCGAAAUUCGUGCUUUUCCGGCAAGUUCCUGUGCCGCCAAGGAGAACGCUGUCGUUUAUACAGAUCCUAAUGCGGUUUCAGCCACCAGUACCAACAACAAUGUGACUGGUGGAGAGGAAACAGGGCAUGCCGCCACAACCACCGCAGCAGAUGAAACUGAAGAAGGCUCAAAAGUGUUAGCUGAGAAUGCCCCUUCCACAAAUUCAGAAGACAAAUUCACAGAGGGAAAAGCACAUAGAAGAGAUGUUUCAGGAGUAUCAACUACUAGGGUAGUGGAAUUGCACGCAUUUGAAGGUUCUCCUGAUGGGGAGUACAGAUCUGCAGCGGUUCUUCAACUGUCUUCUAGUGCUGCUGUAUUACCUCAUCUCCCAAAGUUAGCUGAGAAUCCCCCUUCCAGAAAUGUAGAAGAUGAAUUCACAAAGGGUAAAUCACAAAGAGGAGAUGUUUCAGGAGUAUCAACUCCUAGGAAAGUGGAAGUACAUACAGUUCAAGGAACUUCUGAUGGGGAGGACAUAUCUGCAGCGGUUCUUCAACUAUUUUCUAGCGCUGCCUUAUUACCGCAUCCCUCAAAGGCAUUGACAGGUGGGGAGGAUGCUUACUUUGUUGCUUGCCAAAACUGGCUAGGUGUGGCUGAUGGAGUUGGUCAGUGGUCACUAGAAGGGGUUAAUCCUGGACUAUAUGCUCAGGAACUCAUGGAGACUUGUGAAAGGUUCGUAUCUGAUUGCAAAGGUAUACCAUUGACCGAACCGGAAGAAGUCCUUAUUAGAGCUGCUGCAAAAACAAAAGCACCUGGACUAUCUACUGUUUUGGUCGCUUAUUUUGAUGGUCAGGCUCUCCAUGUGGCCAACAUUGGCAACUCGGGAUUUAUUGUAAUUAGAAAUGGUGCUGUCUUUAAAAGAUCAUCACGAAUGGUUCACGAGUUCAAUUUUCCAAUACAGAUUGAAAGAGGUGAUGAUCCCUCAAAACUUAUAGAGAUGAGAUACCGAAUAGAUUUGGAUGAUGGAGAUGUGAUUGUCACUGCAACAGAUGGCCUCUUUGACAACUUGUAUGAGCAAGAGAUCAUCUCAAUUGUAUCGAAGUCUAUGCAAACCACGUUGAAACUUGAGGAUAUAACAAAGUUCUUGGCAACUAGUGCACAAGAAGUGGGGCAAUCUACAUCUAGAAGGAGCCCAUUUGCAGAUGCAGCCGAGGCAUCUGGGUAUGUGGGAUAUAGUGGAGGCAAGCUUGAUGAUGUGACCGUUAUCCUGUCAUAUGUACAAAAGAAAUCCAGUGCCUUACAGUAAGUAUACAAUGUAUAUAUUUUUUUCUAUCAUUUGGUUCAAUUGAGGAGGAGUACGAGAAGGGAAAGAUAAAAAGAAAUUCCAGUUACUUGUAAUUUGGUUGAGUGUGAAGACCUACCCCGUCAAUUGUUAAUGAUGUUAGCAAAGUCUUCCUCUUGUAGCUGCUCCUUUUAGAACCUGUCUAGUUAGGCCGUAGAUUCAAAUUUUAUUUGGCAGCUGUAUUGUGUUGAAGGCACCAAGGAACUUGCCCAAGCAGGCCAUUAUUAAAUGAGCUAUGAUGUUUACAUAACUGUAGCUAUGAAUCUAUGAUGAUGUGUUCUCUUCUAUCGGACUGCCAGGCUAAAGCAAUUGUCAGGUGAAAGUUCUGGUCUUAGAUUGUGCCAGUAGGUAGCUAAUACGGAAGCUUUUGAAUUUCUAUUUGAAAUGAAAAUCUAAUGCAGAA